UAAGCGACAGACGGGAGAACCUGCGCGGGGGAAGAAACUGCUUAGCUUCCCACCUGUGUGAUGGAGUCUUCCCAGUUAGAUUUGCCGCCUGCAGGAGGAGAGAAGCCAUACGCGUGUGAUACGUGUGGACACAGAUUCGUUAUAGAGAAGCAUCUGCAGACCCACAUGCUCAUUCACACAGAAGAGAAACCCUAUGCGGGUGAUGUUUGCUCACAUGCCAGCACUACCUCUGAUAAUCUCAAGAGUCACAUGCGCACACAUGGAGAGAAACCCUACAUGUGUGACAUAUGCAGUUACAGGUGCCGUCAACUAAACAGUCUUAAGGCACACAUGCGAACUCACACAGGAGAGAAACCUCAUGUGUGUGAUAUUUGUUUAUAUUCAUGUUCUAAAUUAAGUUGUAUGAAAGUGCACUUUCGAACUCACACAGGAGAGAAGCCCUAUGCAUGUGAUACGUGUGACUACAGAUGCUCUGAAGUGGCUAAACUCAAGCGACACAAACGCACCCAUACAGGAGAGAAACCCUACUUGUGUGACAUUUGUUUAUAUUCAUGUUCUCGCUUGAGUAGUCUGAAGAUGCACUUUCGAACUCACUCAGGUGAAAAGUCCUAUGCAUGUGACACAUGUGAGUACAAAUGUACAUCAUCCUCUAGUCUCCAGAGACACAAGCGAACUCACACAGGAGAGAAGCCCUAUGCGUGUGAUACGUGUGACUACAGAUGCUCUGAAGUGGCUAAACUCAAGCGACACAAACGCACCCAUACAGGAGAGAAACCCUACGAGUGUGACAUUUGUUCAUAUUCAUGUUCUCACGUGAGUCAUCUGAAGGUGCACUUUCUAACUCACUCUGGCGAAAAGCCUUAUGCAUGCGACAUAUGUGAGUACAAAUGUACGUCAUCCCCUGCUCUCCAGGCACACAAGCGAACUCACACAGGAGAGAAACCCUACAAGUGUGACACAUGUGACUACAGGUGCACUCAACUAUCCAAUCUUAAGACACACAUGCGCUCUCACGCGGGGGAGAAACCCUAUGCAUGUGACACAUGUGACUACAGGUGCACUCAACUAUCCAAUCUUAAGACACACAAGCGAACUCACACAGGAGAGAAACCCUACACGUGUGACACAUGUGACUACAGGUGCACUCAACUAUCCAAUCUUAAGACACACAAGCGAACUCACACAGGAGAGAAACCCUACACGUGUGACACAUGUGACUACAGGUGCACUCAACUAUCCAAUCUUAAGACACACAAGCGAACUCACACAGGAGAGAAACCCUACACGUGUGACACAUGUGACUACAGGUGCACUCAACUAUCCAAUCUUAAGACACACAAGCGAACUCACACAGGAGAGAAACCCUACACGUGUGACACAUGUGACUACAGGUGCACUCAACUAUCCAAUCUUAAGACACACAAGCGCACUCACACGGGAGAGAAACCAUAUGCGUGUGAUAUGUGUGACUACAGGUCCAAUCAACUAGUCAAUCUUAAGGCACACAAGCGAACUCACACAGGAGAGAAACCCUAUGCAUGUGAUACGUGUGACUACAGGUGUAAGCAACAAGACGGUCUUACGGCACACAAGCGAACUCACACAGGAGAGAAACCCUAUGCAUGUGAUACAUGUGACUACAGGUGUACUCAACUAGACGGUCUUACGGCACACAAGCGAACUCACAUAGAAGAGAAACCAUUUGCGUGUGAUACAUGUGACUACCGGUGCC